AUGGGGCGGUGGAGAAAGUGGAAUGGGGCGGCCCAGUGUGGAAGUGGGCCAGAAGGAAGAAGAGAGACGCUCGCCCCGAGCAAGGUUUCUCGAAAACAAAAGCGCAUGGAAAGAGGGAAGAUUGCGUCUCCACCUUCCCCAUGCUUAUCAUGUGCUCCUCCCCUCACUAACACUUCACAACACAACCCUUCUCUUCUCUCUCACACACCAACCACCAUGUUGCCCUGCGAUUACUGCCACUCCAAACCCGCCUUACUCUUCUGCAGACCCGACUCCGCCAAACUCUGUCUCCUCUGCGACCACCACGUCCAUGCUGCCAACGCCCUCUCCCUCAAGCACCUCCGCUUCCAGAUUUGCGAAACCUGCAACGCCGACAACGCCGCCGUCAGCUGCUCCUCCCACAACCUCCUCCUCUGCCACAGCUGCGACCUCGACGCGCACGCCCCCGCCCCCGCCUCCCUCCACCAUCGCCACCGCCUCCGCGGUCUCUCCGGCUGCCCCUCCGUCCCCGAGAUUGCCUCCACCCUCGGCCUCGAUCUCCGGCGCCGCCAUGCCAAGUGCCGCCACGAGGUCUACGAGCAGGUCCUCGAAGUCGCACGCACGAGGAACGAGGGCGAGUUUGCUCCUGCUGAAAGCUUGGAACUCAGGUUCGACUCCGAAAACGACGUUGUCGAUGAGAUGCUGCUGCAGCAGACGCCAUUCACGUCCUUGCUCGGGAUGUCCGAUUCUCAAUCUGAAUUUGACGCCGCCAAAAGUAACAAUAACGGCUACGGAGCCCAAGAAGGAGAUCUUCUCUGGAGUUUUGAUCCCAACUAUCAGCCUCCUCAGGUGUGGGAUUUUCAAUUACAGAAAUCAAGAGAUUGUGAUGAACCAAGACUGGUGACAUUUGAUGGUCUAGAAGUUCCAAAAUCAUUUCAGGAUGUACACAAUAUGAAUUACUCGACCAUCGGUGAUGAUAUUUUAUCAAGAAAUAACCAAUCGGAUCAGUCAUCAUCAAGCCACGCAAAGAAGAAAGAAGAAAGCAACAAGAAAGCUAGAGGUGGGUUAUCAUCAGAGUCGAAACUGUUAGAAUCCAUACCUUACAGUGCCACCAACAAUGUCGUAGUCAUGGAACAUCUUGUGGGUGGGAAUGACAAUGUCAGCACCUUAAAAGCCAGGGUGAGCUUGGAAGAGUUGGCUAAGAAUAGAGGUGAUGCAAUGUUACGCUACAAGGAGAAGAAGAAAACUCGACGGUACGAUAAGCACAUUCGGUAUGAAUCAAGAAAGGCCAGGGCUGAUACUAGAAAAAGGGUGAGAGGGAGAUUUGUGAAGGCAAGUGAUGUUGAAGCAUGA